CAGAAGAAUGACCUCUCUCCCUCUCCAUCCUCUCUCUCCCUUUCAUCUCUCUCUCUCUCUCUCCCCUCAAGACUGUUUUAAAGUCUCUGCCAGACUUGAGCUCUAACGCUACUUCCUGGACGGACGGAGGAAUGGAAAGCUUCCAGUGCCUCUCCUCCACCACCACUACCACUACCACAACCACCAUCAACACCGACUCUCCCCUCUCUGUGUGCCCGACGAGCGCUGCCUCCACCGUCGCAGCCGCAGGAGCGACGCCGCGCCGUGUGGACCCUCGCUGCUAGUCUCCCCGGAGCCGCCGCUUCCCGUGCUGCAUACAGGCUCACCAACAACACAUCAGAUCCGAGUGUUAUGCUCAUAUCCGGGAAUAUCGGUGGGAUUUCUGGACGGAAAGACUCUUUACUGGACCUCUAAAAAAUUCUCCGCCCUCCACCUCCACCGUGUCCAGUCUCCGUCUGCGCUGCGUCUCCGGCGCAGCUUUUUACGCAGCGAAGGCGUCGCUGAUUAGCCCGCAAAAGGGAGAAACUCAACAGUUGUUGCUGCUUAUUGUUUGCAUGUCGACGUGCAUAUUACUACCAUGUGGAGGCUACUGCAAUCGUGUUGUUACUGCUGGUGGAUUUUCUCUCUCAUUUUGCCAGCCUUCGUGCUCCUCUGGGCCGAGUGUCAUCCUGCGCUGACAGGAAGCCAAGCCGAGUCCCAAGCCCCUAUCCAAGGCCUUCGCCGAGCCACGGCCGACGAGACACGGCACCGGAGAGCAGCCACCGAGGAGACCUACUGGGCCUACUCAGGUAUAUAUGGGCCAGACGAAGGUUGGGCUUCAGCCUACCCAGAAUGCAGAGAGCGAAACCAGUCACCGAUCAACAUUGUGGACCAGGAUACUAAAGUAUCCACAGAGUAUCAGGAACUGACACUGGAGGGCUUUGACACUGAAUCCUCUAAUAAGACAUCUAUGAAAAACACUGGCAAAACAGUGGCCAUUAUGUUGAAGGAUGAUUACUUUGUUCGGGGAGCAGGGCUACCAGGGAGGUUUAAGGCAGAAAAAGUGGAGUUUCAUUGGGGUCCGAGUAAUGGAUCUGAAGGCUCUGAACACAGCAUCAACGGCCGGCGUUACCCUGUGGAGAUGCAGAUCUACAUGUACAACUCAGACGACUUCGACAGCCUCAGUGCAGCUCUCAGGGAGAAGAGGAUCAUCGCAGCCAUGGCUGUGUUUUUUCAGGUGGGAGGGAAGGACAAUCCUGCUGUCGACCCCAUAAUCCACGGCCUGAAGGGUGUGGUCCAUCAUGAAAAAGAGACUGUCCUGGAGCCGUUUGUGCUGAAGGACCUGCUGCCAUCCUCACUGGGAAGCUACUACCGCUACACCGGCUCUCUGACCACACCGCCCUGCAGCAAGGUGGUGGAGUGGAUCAUCUUCAGCAGACCUAUCUAUGUCUCCUACAAACAGCUGGAGGCUUUCUACUCUAUCUUCACCACGGAGCAGCAGGACCAUGUAAAGUCGGUGGAGUAUCUGCGCAGCAACUUCAGACCGAUCCAGAGCUUGGACAACCGCCACGUUUUCAAGUCAGCAGUCAAAGACGCCUGGCUGCCCGACCUGACUGACAGCGGCAGUGGGCCGUAUGGCACAGAGGCUUCCAAAGUAUGCAGCAGUGCUCCCAUCAACAUGAAGGUUCAGCAUGUGAACGGCAGCGCCCUGGUGGUCCGCUGGGCUCGUCCGGAGGUCACCUACCACCCACCCAUCCUCCACUUCCUGGUGUCCUACAGCUGGACAGCCCAUGACGACAGCUACGAGGAGACGCAUCUCACAGAUGCUAAACAUAAACUGGAGGCCGUCAUUUCUCCUGUCUCCCCCGAUGUGCUGUACCUGUUUCGAGUCCAGGCCGUCUGCAUGAAUGACAUGCGCAGUGACUUCAGCCAGAGCAUGCUCUUUAGAGCAAACACCACCAGGAUCUUUGAGGGGACAAGGAUCGUGAAAACUGGAAUGCCCACAGUGUCUCCAGCGUCCUCAGCCGACAUGGCUCCCAUCUCCUCUGGCUCAUCUACUUGGACCUCCUCAGGCAUCCCCUUCUCCUUCGUCUCCAUGGCAACUGGCAUUGGCCCGUCCUCCAGCGGUAGUCAAGCAACGGUGGCAUCCGUGGUGACCAGCACUUUACUAGCCGGUCUGGGCUUCAGUGGUGGUGUCAUCUCCUCCUUCCCUAGCUCAGUGUGGCCAAGCAGAACACCAACCCAUAAUCCAACACGCCAGACCACUGAACCCACCGAGCCCACCAAAGAGGCGACCACCUCUUCCUCUGCUGUGAUGACAGCCGCUGCCAAAGAUAACAGUGAAGCUGGUGGAGAUGAUGGUGGAGAGAACAGCAAGGAUCAAGGAGAAAAUGGAGAAAGGGAAGGAGAGGAUAAGGAUGAAGAAGAAGAAGAAGAAAAAGAGAAAGAUGAGAAGAAGAGAAGAAAGGGAUCAGGAGGCGCUGUGGAGAGGACAGGGAGGAAGGACAACAGCACAGCUGUGAAUGUGCCGACUAGUGAGACACCGGACGCCACAGCAAAGGAGAAAAAGCAGCCUGAGCCAGAUCCAACGAACACUCCGCCUGGUGCAGAAGACCAGCUGGAGUAUACCCAUAAUCCACCUGACUCUAACCCUGCUACCACAACAGAGGCAACCAACGAAACAGCAGCAUUCCCUGCCCCCAGGGACCCAGCAGCAACACUCAGACCCAGGACAGGGGGAGACAAGACGCACUGGCCUUUCUCCAUCCAUACUGACCGUCCCAGUGCUGCGACCAACAUGACCCACCAGGGGAGGCCUGGCUCUGGGGCAGGGCUGGGCCGUGUGGAGUGGCUGGUGCCUCUUGUGGUGGUGUCAGCUCUGACUUUCCUCUGUCUCGUUCUCCUGCUGGCUGUGCUUGUCUACUGGAGUUCAUGUCAGCAGCAGCAUGUGGCAGCUCGUCUGCUCCCUCUCCUCUGCUGGUUCACCAGGAUGAACGCUCUCUGCUCUCUGCUCUGUGUUAAAUACAGGCGCUGUUUCCAGACGGCCCAUUUCUAUGUGGAAGACAGCGCUUCACCCAGAGUUGUACCCAAUGAGACGAUCCCUGUCAUCCCCAUUCCAGAUGACAUGGAAGCCAUUCCAGUAAAGCAGUUCAUCAAACAUGUCUCAGAACUCUGCUCAAACAACCAACAUGGAUUCUCCGAAGAUUUUGAGGAGGUUCAGCAGUGCACUGCUGAUAUGAAGAUCACAUCAGAGCACUCCAACCACCCUGACAACAAGCACAAGAACAGAUACAUCAACAUAGUGGCCUAUGACCACAGCAGGGUGAAGCUGAGGCCGCUGGCCGGGAAGGACUCCAAACACACCGACUACAUCAAUGCCAACUAUGUGGAUGGUUACAAUAAGCCGAAAGCCUACAUUGCAGCCCAGGGACCACUGAAGUCUACAUUUGAGGACUUUUGGAGAAUGGUGUGGGAGCAAAAUACUGGCAUUAUUGUGAUGAUCACCAACUUAGUGGAGAAAGGCCGGAGGAAAUGUGACCAGUACUGGCCAACAGAGAACAGCGAAGAGUACGGCAACAUGGUAGUCUCGCUGAAAAGCACUAAAGUUCAUGCCUGCUAUACCGUUCGGCGCUUCACAUUGCGCAACACUAAAGUCAAAAAGGCUGGUAAGGGGAACCAUAAGUCACGGGCUCAGAGUGAACGGACCGUGCUCCAGUAUCAUUACACCCAGUGGCCAGACAUGGGUGUCCCUGAGUACACCCUGCCCGUCCUCACCUUUGUCCGCAGGUCCUCAGCCGCCCAGAUGCCUGACAUGGGACCCAUGCUUGUCCACUGCAGUGCUGGAGUGGGUCGGACAGGGACGUACAUCGUCAUAGACAGCAUGCUGCAGCAAAUCACAGACAAGAGCACAGUUAAUGUACUCGGCUUCCUCAAACACAUACGAACCCAGCGCAACUACCUAGUCCAGACUGAGGAGCAGUACGUCUUCAUCCAUGAUGCCUUGAAGGAAGCCAUUCUGGGGAAGGAGACAGAAGUGGCAGCCAGCCAGCUUCACAGCUACUUCAACAGCAUCACAACUCCAGGACACAGCGGCCGGACACGACUGGAGAAACAGUUCAAGUUGGUAACACAGUGUAAUGCCAGAUUCAUGGAAUGCUUCAAUGCUCAGAAGGAGUGCAACAAAGAGAAAAAUCGAAAUUCCUCUGUGGUGCCAUCGGAGCGAGCGAGGGUCGGCCUAGCACCUUUGCCUGGCAUCAAAGGCACCGACUACAUUAACGCCUCUUACAUCAUGGGUUACUACCGGAGUAAUGAGUUCAUCAUUACCCAGCAUCCUCUGCCCCACACCACAAAAGACUUCUGGAGAAUGAUUUGGGACCACAAUGCACAAAUUAUUGUUAUGCUACCUGCCAACCAUGGACUGGCGGAAGAUGAGUUUACGUACUGGCCCAGUCGGGAGGAGGCCAUGAACUGCGAGACGUUCACUGUCACCCUCAUCAGUAAAGACAGACUCUGUCUGUCCAACGAGGAACAGAUCAGCAUCCAUGACUUUAUCCUGGAAGCUACACAGGAUGAUUACGUAUUAGAGGUUCGGCACUUUCUGUGCCCAAAGUGGCCAAACCCCGACGCACCCAUUAGCAGCACUUUCGAGCUCAUAAACGUUAUUAAAGAGGAGGCGGCCUCCCGCGAUGGACCAACCAUCGUCCACGAUGAGUGGGGGGCAGUGUCAGCCGGUAUGCUGUGUGCAGUCACCACCCUGUCUCAGCAGCUGGAGAGCGAGGGUGCAGUCGACGUUUAUCAAGUGGCCAAGAUGAUCAACCUCAUGAGGCCAGGGGUCUUCACAGACAUUGACCAGUACCAGUACCUAUACAAAGCUCUGCUCAGCCUUGUCAGCACCAAGGAGAACAGCUUGGGUCUUCUGGCCAGGGACAUUAACGGGACUUUGGCGUCCAUGUCCGACCAGUCCGAUCAGGCAGAGAGCAUGGAGUCGCUGGUCUAAGAGAGGCCCUUCGAGGGCCUGGAGCUGAGCUGAGGGCGUCCUAUGGGUCCAAACACCUGAUGAGGUCCCUGAGCCCACAAAGGAGGCACUUAACUUUGUAAAACGUCAAGGAACUAUUGUGAACAAGACUUUUUGAGGCCUUUUUUGCCAGACUCUUGGUUAAAAUGAAUAACCUGAUUACUUUUUUACACUGAUGAAAAGUUUUUGAUAUUUAUUUUUUUCGCCAUUUUAUGUCUUAAUGUUCUCCUACUGAAGGGUUUGCACCUGCGUUUUUAAGUUUCACGAUGGCGUCAGUAGGCAACGAGAAACACUUUUCUGUCUUUUCUUGUUUGCACUAUAUAAUGUCAGUGUUACUGCCUAUACUAAAGCUGACACACUUGGCUUUUCUCCACUCAAGCUCCGAUUUUUUUGACAUUCCACGGCUUUGGCCCUUAUUAAACCAACUGCUUCUGUGAAGGACGUUGUUCUGCCUGCCACCCACCAGUUGAUUUGAAACGGAGGAAGGCAUGAACUCUCCGCCUCGGUAACAAAAAGCUGUUAGACUUCAGCUCAGCGUGACCUCCUCUGGCCUGCUCAUCGAUAGUACUCAUAUUACCACUCAUUUAUCACAAGCACCGACAUCUUGGAGCAUAUCUCCACGGACAAGUAGCGCUUGUUUCUAAAAUCAAUUUCUUUUUGACCUAUUUUCUUUUUUUGCCUUGUUUUCUUGUCACUCUCCUUCUUAUUAGCAAGUCACACCCAUGUUAGAAUACCUAAGGUGGUGUAACAACUGCUACUGUGAAAUUCUAUUAUUAUUUCUUUGUAUAAUUCAUAUUAUGUUUUUUAAUAUAUGGAAAUACUGUAUGUAUACAUAUAUAAAUAUAUCCUUAUCAUAAUAACUUUGUGAUUUUUGUACAUGUCCUUUGUGGCCUCUUGCCUCAGGCCGGUUGUUUUCCUCCACCACGUCCACUCCAGUCCAUACAGCUGAUCCCAGCCACCUGAAGCAGACUCUCUCAGUCCUCAUACAUUCUUGUAUGCUGCUAUGUCAUCUGAACUCACACACAUCCAUACACAUACAGUACAAACGCCACCAGUAGUGAGUGAUUUUACAUUUUGCAAUAUUUGACACAACUACAACAGAUGAUGAAACAACAUGACAUCUCCCAUCUUUCUGAAAAUCACAUUUUCAAAGUUUUUCUUUUUUCUUUUUGCAGUCAUGAAUUUUCUUUCUGACAGACAAGCACGGAUUAAGAACAUGAGGCCUGAAUGUGGAGCGCUCACUUACUCACAUGCACCAGUGUGUGGUGUCAUUACAGGGUUGAAUCAGUCUGAUCUGCAAGGGAACUGCAGACUCAAAAAUACAAGCUCUAUGCAACAAGUUGGUUGGGUUUUAGAAAUCUGAAACAGGGUUCUUAGUGUUAGUCUCGUCCAGAUUUGAGACUCACUGCAGUGCGUUUAUUAUUUUUUAAAUCGGUUUAUUUUAGUUGCACUUAUGUCAUGUGGUCAGAGUAAAAACUGCUUAAUAAUGCUCUUCUUUUAGGUGCUAAACAUGACUCUAAAUAGUACAUCUAUAAUAGUUGUAUGUGCUGUAAGAAUGUAAAAUCUGAUAACAAAUAUUUCUCCUCAUGAUUCUCUGUAAUUAAUUUGCAUAUUGGAUGCCUGCAGCCCAAUCUGUCUUCUUAAUUUCUUUUCUGAUGAAUCACAAGUUACUUUAUUUCCCAUGAGUCUGUGGCCUCUGUAGGGUUGGGUAUGAAAAGCUGGAGUGUGUUAUCAACUCCAGAUUUCAAUAAAUCUGCCUUAACCAACUCCCAUGUAUAAUGUUCACAAUAUGGUGGAUGAGAGCCAGUGCGCAAAGAUGUGGCUACAGUUCUGCGUGUAACAUGACUCAGCUUUUCCUGAGUUCAUGUUCUCAGCCGUCAUCAGGAACAACAGAUGUGUAAAAACUCUAACUUAAUAAAUAUUUAAGUUGUGCUUUGCCAGGAUAUUUACAUU